UUGCGCAGCAGUUCAUAGUCAAACAAGAUACAAUUCUGAUUGUCUAUUAUCCACCAUGCCUCUCUCUGAUCAGGGUAUUCAGGGCGUCAAAUCUCUUCUAGACGCAGUCACUGGCGAAGGACCAGCGGGCGCACCCGGUAUAUCUUUCCACGCCGUCGACAGGUCGGGUAAGACCCUCGUUGAGCACCAGGCGGGAAAUCUCAGCAUCGAUAGCAAGCAAGCUAUCAACGAGGACACACUUUUCUGGAUUGCAUCAUGCACGAAGCUUGUCACCGCCAUUGCCUUACUUCAGCUUGUUGAGCAAGGUAAGAUUGGUCUUGAUGACGCUGAGGCUGUCAAGAAGCUUGCCCCUGAACUCGGCAAGAAGCAAGUGUACGCAGAUGGCGUCAAUGGUGUCGACCAGCAGAAUCCAAUCACACUGAGAAUGCUCCUUUCGCACACCGCCGGCUUUGGAUAUGUGUUCUUCGAUCCCAGACUGCAGUCACAAAACGACAUCGAAGGCCAAACGGGCGACGUGAACGAUAUUCUCAACGCCCGACUUGUCAACCAGCCUGGAUCUACGUGGGAGUACGGCGUCAACGUGGACUGGGCCGGCAUUCUCCUCGAGCGUAUCACCGGCCAACGCCUAAACGACUACUUCAAUGAGCACAUCUUCGCCCCCCUCGGCGUCGACACCAAAGGCGCGACCAUGUUCCCCCCAGCUUCCGCGCACUCCAACCUCGCAGAGAUCCACCAGCGUGACCCAGAGUCGGGCGAAAUGCGCGUCCGUGACCACUUCUACGGCCGCCCGCUUAUGCAAGACACUGCUGAGAAACAAGACGCAUUCUACCAGGCUGGUGGCGCUGGCCUCUUCGCUAAGCCAAAGGAAUACGUCAAGAUCCUCGCAGCGCUGUUGAACGAGGGCACCAGCGCGGCUACUGGCAAGCAGAUCCUCAAGCCCGAGAGCGUUGAGCUCUUCUGGGAAAACCAGAUCCCCAACCAACCAGACUUCGCCCGCGGCGGCCCACCCCCUGCUAACCCGCUCCUCGUCAACGCGGCCCCCGAGUUCUACCCACAGCCCGGCAACCCGCCGCAAGGCUGGACAUACGCGGGUUUCCUGACCAUCGAGGCCGGGCCGUCCGGGCGCGGCGCCAACACGUUGUGGUGGAUGGGGCUGGCGAAUUGUUUCUGGUGGGUGGACCGCGAGAGGGGCGUUGCAGGGCUGCUGGCGGGGCAGGUUCUGCCGAACGGGGACCCAAAGUUGAUUCCCGCGUGGUUUAUGUGUGAGAAGACGAUUUAUGAUAAUUUGGAGUAGAGUGUGGUGCAGGGGGAGGGGUAGGG